AUGAUGACAAGGCAUAGGACGAUAAAUGCUGGUAGCUCUCGGGUGAUCAUAAUGUUUCUCGUGAUCAUGUUUAUUAUUUAUAAUUUUCAAUUUGAGAGGGUACUUGGAGGAGAGGGAUUGAAAGAAUUUUGUAACAAUUUAAAUCCGUCCUAUUUAAAUUGUACAAUGCCAACGAAUUGUACUCUUGGCAAUGUAUAUACUACCAAUUGCACGGUCAUUAGUACGAUGCAAACGACAUGUGUUGGAGACACUUCAUUUCAAAAACAAUAUUUCUGUAAAUAUUGUUGGCAAUUAGUGGAGAAUGUACAUUAUACUUGUAAUUAUUUUCCUCCAAAGAGAGGAUGUCAGUCUGGUCAAGAUACUUAUGUGACAGAAUGCAAGGCUAAAUGGAAUGUUUAUUGUCUAGGAAAUAGAACAUUUCAAAAGAUUGUAAAAUGUAAUUACACUACAGGAAAGACUUGGGCAAGUGCAUUUGUGUAUUCCUUGUUAAAGGUGAUAGAAUCACUUUCUCUCAAAGAAUUGAAAAGUAUCUACAGCAAACUCAAGAAGGCUUUCCCAGCAGGGAAGAAGAAUGAUGUUGUUAAUGAUUUAAUAUCUUGCUACCCCUCUGACCAGUCCAACGAAAUUACAAGUAAGAAAGAAUUACUCAGAAGAAUCAAGGAUUUGAGAGUAGUUCCGGAACGGACAGAAGAGGAAGAGGUAGAAGAGGAAGUAGAGGAAGAAGAGGUCUCAAGUGAAGUGCUGUCAAAAAGGAUUAGAGAAUUAGAAGAAGAGUUAGACUUUAUGCGUGAUGAGGUUAAGAAAGCAAAGUCAUCGGCCGAACGAGACAUCAACCAAAUCAUGGUUGAUUUGACUCAACAAGGCGCGUUUUCACAAAGGGAUGUCUGUGAUGACCAGCUACCAGCGGCCCUAGCUAAUGGUCAACGAAAUAGGGUUCUCGAGCUACUCAAGAGUGGGAAGAGUAUUGAUUUGAAUCUAUUUCAAAUAGAUUGUAUGGCCGAAUCUCUUGCCAACGAACGGGUGUCUACUGUUUUUGACCGUAACUCAGUCAGGAAGGAAGAAGUGGAGGAGUUUAGUUCUCUUGGAGCUAUUUACAAGAUUCUGUUGAAGAAACAGCUCAAGAAUAAGGAUGAAGAUGAAGAGUUGCAACGGGCUAUUGACUCAGUCGAGAAUCGUGCAUUUGUUCUCCUUGCGAGACAGAAGCACCAGCAAGCGGCAGAGAUAAUUAGUUCCUCUACACUCAACCCGUUGUUGAGAGAAAAAGCGGACCUGUUCUCUUGGGCGCUGAAAGCAGUGGGUAAGAGCGACAAAGAUGCAAAGGUGUUGAAACAACAAUUGAAAAUCCCUACUCCAGAGAAAGAUGUUAGCAAUAUAGUAUGUCUAUAUUUUCUCUCUACGAAAUCCUUCAGUUUUUUCCAAGAUACUCACAUGGAAGAAAUUGCCUUCAGGAAGAAGGCUAUUCAUUCGAUUUCCAACAAGUGGAGACAAUGGGAAAUGAUGGGUGCCAAAAAAGAGAUUGUGGGUCUUUUGAAAGAUGGGGUUCCAAUUAUGGUCAGCAAGUAUUUCAUCCCUUACUAUGGAAGAGUAGAUAUAUCCCUUUGGUCGAAGGAAGAAAGAGAAUUUCUAACGGAAGAGAUAUGUAUGAUGUUAUCUAUUGGUGCAUUGGAAUUCUUCCAAGGAACUCCGAAGGUGGUGGCCAAGUAUCGAUUGGUACCGAAGAAAGGAAAGAAGAAAUUCAGAUUAAUUGUGGAUCUUCGUCCCCUAAACAAGUAUUGUUUGGAGAUCCCAAAGUUCAAGUACAAAACUCUGAGCAAGUGUUUGGAUCACAUUCGCAGUGGUGGGAAAAAGUUUUGUGCUACGUUCGAUUUAUUAUCAGGAUAUCACCAAGUGAAGGUGCGAGAAGAAGAUCGAGACAAGAUUGUGAUCGAAUUUAUGGGUCAUCUUCUUUGCUUCACAGUUUUGACAUUUGGAUGGAAUGGAAGCCCAUUCUUUUUCACUCAGAUAGUAGACGAAGGUGUUCGAUUGUUAACAAUAGAAGGCUAUACAUUGUCCAAUUAUUUGGACGAUUUUAUGGCUGUGUUAUGUAUCUCUUACUUAGAUUCCUACAACAAGCUUGUUCGAUUAAGCUUAAGGCUGGAUUUUUAUGGAUUUGUAAGAGAACCUUCAAAAGGUUGUUUCAAACCUUCCUUAGUCUUUUUAUUAUUAGGAGCAUUGGUAGAUCUGAAUUGCAUGACUCUCUCUAUUCCCGAAGAGGGUGUGGAGAAAAUAGUUGCUCGAUGCAAAAACCUCCUAUCAAAAAUGCACAGAGAGGAGGCCUUUUCCGCCCGAGACCUUGCCAAGUUGGCUGGCUCUGUUAUGUCAUAUGUACACUGUUUUCAACCAGCCUUAAUUGCUCUCAAUCCCAUUUAUUCAAGAAUUUUCAAGAUGGUAGAGGAUGGAUGGGAUACGCUACACCGUGUGAAAGACCACCAGUUAUCGAACGCAUUACAAUGGAUUCUUUGCAACAUUCACCAUUGGAACGGUCGAUUAUUUUUGUUUCCGUCAUUGAUCCACGAACUUUUUUCGGACGCCUCUUUAUCCGGCUUUGGUGCUACAAUGCCAUUAUUGAAUUUUACCUUACACGGCUCUUGGUCUACUUAUGGCAUGGAUCAUAUGCAUAUCAAUGUUUUGGAAGCAAAAGCCAUUUUUAUUGCCAUGGAAAAAGUCGCUCCCCUUAUUCAGGGAAAGUGUUUGAGAAUUUUUUCAGACUCUCAAGUGAUAGUGUUUUCUUUGCGAAAAGGUCGUUCCAAAAAUUCCUUAAUUCAAAGGAUUGUGGAAGGUAUUUGGAGAAUAGUAUUCCAAUACGACAUUCAAUUAGUUGCUGUGGAAUGGUUACCGUCGUCCCAAAAUUCGAUCGCCGAUCAAUUGAGCAGGUUGAAAACCACAGAAGAGAUGGAUUUCGGAGAUUGGGAAGUAACCCCAGAGGCAUUCGAAAGAGUUCAACAUCAAUUGCAGGUGAAAGUUCAGUUCGACCGUUUCGCCAGCAAUUACAACUUCAAGCAUUAUCCAGAAGGUGCUAGAGCAUUGCAAACUUUACCAAUCUCAAAUGAUACUCGUUCACCCAGUAUGGAAGGCAAAACCCUGGUGGCCACUACUGCUGGAAGGCAAGGUUCGGUCAGUACCAAUGUCUGGAAUAGAUUUCAGACCCUCUCGGUCAGGGAAAUGCGAACCGCAAAAGAAAAGCUCUUGGCUAUUAGAGGCGACCCUAAUCGACUUUCGGAUGACCAACUAACAUCAGUUGGUGGACUAAUUGAAAAGGCCGGUGCGGGUCGUGAGUCCACAAACACUACGUAUGACAGUUAUUGGAAUCGAUUUGUUAGAUGGUGCGAUGAGAGAAAUAUUGCAAUACCACCCACAGAGAUGGAUGUUUACAAUUUUCUGGUGUGUCUUUUUCUUAAAUGUAGGUCCGGAAAAAAUUGUAAACUGGCAAUGUUUGCUAUUAAGAAGCGAUGUAAUCAGUUCAAAUGGAUUGACGUGGUGGGUGAACAUAUUUCAUCUCUAGUUGAUUGCAUGAUCAACAUGGCACCAGUUUCAUACGAGAUUGAACGAAACGAGUGGCGUAUUAUGUACAUUGAUAUGUGGAUUCUCGAAGGGUGUAACUUUGUCGACAGGAGAACUUAUGUUUUUUAUACGACCCUUAUGAUCAUCGGCAUCAGGUCCAUGCUACGAGGAUCUGAGUUGGGUAGUAUUUUAACCUCCAACGUGGUAGAAAUUAACAAGAACAACAUUAACGGAAUCAGAAUUGUUGUGGAAAAAGUGAAGAAUGAUUUUAAACGAAGCAAGAAAGGAAGAGUCAUCGAAAUUGAGGCAACGAACUCCAGGAGAUGUCCUGUCGUCUGGCUUAGGUUAUGGAAAGUGUGUAACCCUCAAAAGUAUUUGUUUGGUGAUGACCUUCCCUUAUCCACGGCUAAAAUUUCGGACAUUCUUAGAUUUGUAGCAACCAGCCUUAAGAUUUCGGGUUCUUUUUCUAGUCAUUCCUUAAGAAUUGGAGGAGCGUCAGAGGCAGCAUUUGCUGGUUUCUCUCACACAGCAAUCCAAGCUCUAGGUGAUUGGUCCUCCAAUGCGAUAGAUGCCUAUUUCAGAGCUGGAUUCGCAUCUGACAAGAAUGUAUCUCGCCAGAUGGGUUUUUAG